AUGGAGGCCGAGGUGUCCAUAGAGACACUUUCCUACUUCUUCCAUCACGUUUUCCUGCCGCCAAAGCUCCCAGGCGGGGAUAACCGUUCCGCAAGACAAGAUGACCAUUUGCUGCGCUUCGUUCAAGACAGUCUUUUGCGCUGCUCUUCCCUGGCAGAAGAGCAACACCAAGAUGUAUUCCAAGACCUAAGUGCUAUGGUCAAGAGUAUGCGCCAAGUCCGUAACGACCACGGACACCUCGAUGAGCACGCACUAUUGAACGCUCUGCAGAGCAUGUCCACCACAGGAUCGCCUACUGUACUUCCCCUCGAGAUUACUGAACAGAAUGCUGGAAUCAUUAUUCGAAAAGCCGAAGAUCAAGUCGUUUUUGAGGUGUUUGAACUGUCGCCCGACAAUGCUUCGGUAUUCAAGACCCAAGGUCGUCUCGUACGACACUUUCCAUCUACUUCUGUGGCAAUCGCCACCAAUACCGUCCAGGAACCUGGAUUCAACCAAGUCAUUGCAAAUACCCUCGCAAAGAUGAGUCAUCAAGCUGUCCCCGGAAUGCGACCACAAGUGAGAAAAGCCCAACAGUACCACGACGAAGAACGAGAUACAACCAAGCCAUGUGUAGUCACCGAGUUUCUCUCCAACGUGUUACUGGCAUUCGGUACCCAGGCCACCGAGACCAGCUUGUGCAAGAAUACCCGAGAAGAAGUCAUGUGGAACGACAGCAGGCUUCCCUGGCGACGCAGCCCACUAUGGUUACUUGUACGCGUGGCCUUACAAUCGACAUUGCGACGCAGAUCCCAUGGCUCGGACGAUUUGUACAAGUAUUUCAUGGCCUUUUUGUUGUCGGGCAUCAUGGAUCAAGCCUGUUCAGUCUCGAUGGCAUCCGAGGUUUUGCACGCCAUGUCUGCCAAGCUCUCGCGUCGCUGGGUGAAGUUGGGUCAUUCCAAAAGCAGUGCCUUGGCCCAGCAUAUCAACCAAAGUAUGCUUGCAGCAUCGCGAUUUGUGAAGACACGUUGGGACACUAUCUGCCAGCAAGCGAGUCCACCUCUCGAUCUAGGGCUACUAUCUCGCCUUGACACGAAGCGAGAUAUUCGUUUCCAUUUGCCAAAAUUGGACAAGUUUUUGCGAGGCAUCCCUCGACGCACUUCGUCUCCAGUCACUUCAUCAUUCACGCCACUUUCCCAGGUCCCAAGACUUUCGUCAUUGUCUUUGCCUACACAGGUCCUAGAUUCCAAGAACGAGGAAUACCGACCAUUUCGCCUUGCCGCAUUUGAGUCGUGGGUAGACAAGAAUCUUACUACCUGGCUAGAGGCCAAUGUUCAUUGCCCAUCCGUUUGCCAUGAUUUGAGGGAUCUGACUGAAAAGUAUCACGCGGAUGCCAAAGCUUACUACCGAAAUCUUCCAGAAGGCAUAUCUCGAAUGUUCUUGACCAUCUUGGAGCUAUGGGUGGCGGCCGACAGGGUUGCUGUGACAGCUCUCCCAUUGUUGAGAGACUACCAGCAUGAAAUUCCCGUCGAGCUCUAUCAGGCUUUGCUGUUGUCCCGAAUACACGACAUGGAGAGAUUGGACAAGGCAGAAAAGUAUCUCAUUGAACGCAAGGCAUUUGCACUUCAAAAAGAUUUUCCUUCCGUGUUCCGGUCAUUUGGAGAUGCAGGCUCGUUCUCAACACGAUACUUUUCCGACUCCCACAAGCAUCAACGUCUGCUGAUUGAAAUUGAAGAGUACGCAAACAAAGAAAGGUCUGCCAAGAUUACUGAACUGGAAAGACUACAGAAUGAGUACCGAGAACUCAUGCGACUUCACAGUGAAGCAACUUGUACGAAGAAGACAGUUUACGAUGACUGGAACGUCCCUUCCACGUCCCAUCUUAGCUGCGAUCGAUGCUGGUACGAGAGACGUGCGAAAGAAUUGACGAUUCAGAUACACGAAUGGCCACUACCAGCUUUGGAGUCCCAGAAACAAGCAACUGUUGUCGAACUUGAUCCGCCUCCUCCCCUUCAAAGCUGGAGGGACCUGACGAUAUAUCUCAUUGACGAUGUUCUCAAGUCAUAUCCGUCGCACGAAGAAACUCUUAGGACUCGCCACACUCUUCGGAAUUAUGCUGGCCUGCGUCAAUGGCAAAAUAUGUCGUACAACGGUCGUUUAUAUUUGUUUUCUAAAACUAAGCCUCAUGUCAGAACGCAUCGAGAUGGCAAAUACCUUGCAUCCCUCGAAACAUCAGACGUCUGUGUCAACAACGGGCUACAGCUGUCCUACUUUGACAGUGAACGGAACGUUUUCAUGUCCAAGCUUGCAUCUAGCGAGAAAACCUCAUCAAGUUGUCUCAUCAAGCUUCCACGGCGCUCGGCAGGUCUGGAAAAGUUCAUGGUUCGCACACAUAGUUCUGCAAACGGAGUGUUUCCAAAUACAGUUCUCGCAUAUCAAGAUGAAUACCCGGCUCAUAUGAAGCUUGGAGAGUGCAAGGCGCUCGCGUCCAUUCCUUGCGGAUACAAGCUACAAUGGAUGGGUAUACUUCGAGAGCUGACAAGCCCGCUAAUCGACUUCAACAAACCAGAGUCGGCCAUCUUCCUAGCUCAGAUCUCUCUUCAAACUGGCCCCGCCCUCUCGGGAAAGCCAUGUAGAGCUUCCCACUUGGACCUCACAGAUGACGGCAUGAUCAGUCAACUCCUCGCUGCUCUCCACAACCGUCUCUCACGAAUCGAGGAAAACCUCGAAUCCACCACCAGCCUUUGGACUUUCAUUUUGCUGGCAGCUCGAUCCAUGACAAUCACGAACACUUCCAAGGCAGGGCUGAUGGAUUUCUUGGGUUGUGCUAGAACGACAGCCUAUCGCUGGUUGCUCAAACUAGUCGAAAGGUCAAGCAGCUCACAAAAUGAUGAACAAAGAAAUCAGCUGCAGCGUAUGCUGUAUAAUACUGCUCUGAUAUGUUCGGAGACGUUCAAUGUGGAUCAUGAGCAAUUGGAGCACAUCUUGGAUCACCCCGACGCCGUCUCGAUUUUCGUUGAGUCGUCAAUCAACAUCCGCGAUCAUUCACAGCUCGCAGACGAGAACGAUUCGCUCCAGUCCUUGUUGUUUGAAAGAUGGCGCCACGUCAUGCAUCGUGCAAGUCCAAUUAUGAGGGAUCAAGUCCUUCUUUGCGGCAACAAUGGUUUGAAUUUGGCAAUCAGCCGCCAUUGGCCAGGAUUCACCUCGGCAUCAGACUGGUGUUCGAGUCCAUCGGCCGAUUACUGGAUUGAGAGUCCCUCCAACUCGAUUCAUUAUAACACAUUGACUGGCGAACUGCUUGUGAAUGGGCGACCGCUGUCACACCUGCCUACGACAUAUACAUCCAACCAAAUGUAUCGUGAUCUUUUCGGCCGUUGUUUGAUGAACGUGAUGCCGAGUCUCCUUCCUGGAAUGGAUUUUUCAAGCAAAAUGGCUUUUGAAGGUCACAAUGUACAUUUUGGCAAGCAACCCACUUCAGGUUGUCCUGAGCAAUUGUUGAUACGCAUCAUCAAGGCGGAUUCAAAUUACGACAUCGUACCUUCUGAUACCUUGGCUGGGGUCCUUCCACACGCCUUCGUGCGAGACUUCGUACACUGGUAUGAUCAUAGCACUGGAAGUAUCGAGUUUCGAUCAAUCAACAGUCCGUGGAAGAAAAGCGAUCAGAAUUGGCAACUCAUUCAUGGCGAUCAUGGCUGGAAACUGACCCACUGUCUGGACGAUUACAUUGUCAAUCCUUCAAGCAAAAUUGCCAAACACAUAUCCGUAGUGCUUGGAGCACUCGAAGACCCUUUCCAUCAACAUGUAAUAUACGAUGCGGCCCAGAGAUGUCUUGACAUUCAACUCUAUCGUUUACGCAUGGAUUUCUUUGCUCGAAGAGACUCUACUGCAAUUGAAUCAUGCCAAUUUCGAGGUAUGCAAGUUGACGAACAACAAUCGAUAGGCACAUUGAUCGGCUUGAGAAGUAAGCUCGUUCUACGGGGAUCAGACAAUCAAAACAGCCGUUUGGUCCUUGUUUCAGAGGGUCGAGUGAAACUACGAGGUGAUUUCGAUGGACUUUCAGCAAACAUGCACCCACAGGUGUUUGUUGAGAUCGGUACAGCCUCCAGAGUCCAACCUUACCGAAUUGACCCAAAGUUGGGCAGGCUCGUAGAUUGUGGAACAUUGCAAAGCAAACUAUUUCUUGCUCAUCUACACGCAACCACGUCUCAUUGCUUGCCAGAUCCAUUGACUGGGACAACUGGUACUGAGCAAGCACUGACAAUCAUGAGAUCAGCAGUCGUCACAUCAACUGUACACCUGAACGAAGAAGAGAGUGAUCGCCUGGAGCGAAUUGCUGCAUUGGCGCCAACGAGACAGUUCUACCCUCGAAAUGAGAAGGUCAUGCAGACAGUAACAUGGUCUUCUCAGUUGAGCUUUUACUCGCAACAUGGUCUGCUCUACACUGUCGCGAAGGAUCUACUUGCAAAUGUCCAACGUACCAGCUUCCUCUACCCUCAUGAAUCACCUACAAAGCUGAGGAUUGAACAUUCAGACAUGGAGCUAGUAGCAAGAGAUCUCAACAAUACAGCGUACCUACGGACUGAUGGCUUUGGUGCUGAGGUAUUCUCAACAAGUGGAGACAUGCUUUACAAACAGAGGGAUCGCACUCAUGACUCUCAGCGCACUGAGCACACUGGGAAAAUGGCCAUGAGGGUGUUUGAGAAGAACCAAUCCCUUCAAGAACGUCCUAUCAAUGGCUUGGCUACGAAUAUCUAUCAUAUUCUGUCUAAGUCGUCCCUGACAUCAGCAAUAAAUGAGGAGCCAAAGCUCUACGAGGUGCAAUAUAGUGCCAACUGGUUGACAAAGCCAAAAAGUGCUCUUUCGAAACUAUGGCACAAAAUCCACUAUGCGUUUCAAUUUAACCAUCAGUGGAUCAAUCGAUUCCAAGUUGCCAUGUGGCUUGCUGCCCAAGCAUACGCAUCUGAAGAAUUCAGCCAAGUGAAUCAAGUUCUCUUUGGGCUAGCCUGUUUACCUAGGGUGUCCGAGGUUCAGCUACCGGCCGUGGGGAAUUACAACUUGUCUGGAGGCUUUGAAUUCGAUGAAAAUGAAAUCAAACGUCUCGUCAACAAGGCAGUAUACCCACUAAGUGAGUGCCCCGAAUCGCAUCUUCUGAGUAAUCACUCGGAAACAUAUUGGGAAUUCCAGGAAAGACAGAACCGAUCAUACAACAGCAACAAGGACAAGUCGAUCUCCGCUUUUGUCGAAAAUCUCAGAAACCAAUGGCCAUGUCCAGAACCUCCCCCCUUGCCGCCGAAUGACUACAUCAAGAGUCCCGAGGCUAUGGUAGCUAUUUCAUCAAUAUGGAAGACUUGGCACAAGAAUCUGCUCUUCUUGAGAUAUCUGGAACAGAUCGAGCAAGCUCUUUCGAGUUAUGAUGUCACACCACUGUGUUUCCAACCAGUACAGGGUCCUACCCAGUCAAAUCCCAGUUCUCGGCAGGCCAGGUCUAUUUCUACGAAUGAUCUGUUUCGAGGUGGCGAGACAUCACAAGCUCUCACAUCAUGCAUUCAAUUGACUGUGUCUCUUGACAACAGUCCACAGCAUGAAAUCUGCAGUGGGAAGCUGAAUGAUGUUAUCAACCACCUCGAACAGAGAGCUUCAUCCAUAUACGAGAAACAUUAUAUACUCGAACUACAACACAGCCUGGAUGAAUUGCAAACUCAAAGCCAUCAAUACUGUGUGGCUCAGUCAGGUGCAUUCUUGAGAGACUUGGUACAAAGGUAUCAGUUGGAAUGCGAGUCUCAUGUGUCUCGACUGUUCGACAUGAUGAUGGUGGACACUGACUUUUCAAGACAAGCAUUGCCGUCACACGAAUCGGGCGAAACGGGUUAUGAUCACCAAGGUCAGACGGACUUUCUUCCUCGCCGUUCCCCGUCGUUCUUUUUGAGUCAGUUGCAAAGAUCUAGGUGGAGUCGCCUGUCUGAAUCUUGGAAGAGGAAAAUUGUGGCAUAUGGUCUUGCUCUGGUAAACCUACAGCGCGCUGGCCGCUUGUUACAACACUGUGGAAAUGAGUCCGAGUUCACCAAAGAACUUCGCAAUCCAGGCCAUCAAGAUUGGGACCCAUUUGAGUAUCCAGAAUGGCUCCUGAUGGAGUGCGAGAGCGGCUUUCUCAUACGACCUGUGCAGCAUCAGAUUGCUUUGCAAAUGAUGGCACCACCUGAUGGAAGAAACGCGACAAUGCAGCUCAACAUGGGAGAGGGAAAGUCUUCAGUCAUAGCACCUUCAAUUGCUCUCGCUUUUGCCAAUGGCUCGCAACUCUUGCGGCUUAUCGUGACCAAACCGCAAUUCCGGCAAAUGCGUCAGAUCCUGCUGGCACGGCUUGGCAAUUUGGCUGGGCGUCGGAUCUACGAAUUUCCAAUCUCGCGUGACGUGCGCCUCGACACCAGCAGAGUUGAAGUCAUACGCGGUAUGAUACAGGAGUGUAUUCAAGAAGGUGGCUUGAUGCUUGUCCAGCCGGAACAUUUGCUUUCUUUUCAGUUGAUGGGAAUAGAACAAAUGAUCAAUGGACAAGCCACGAUCGCGCGCAGUCUUCUGGAUAUUCAGCAUCACUUUGACACCCACUCCAGGGACAUCAUCGAUGAGAGCGAUGAGGUCUUGAGUGUCAAGUUCGAGCUCGUGUAUACAAUCGGGCAACAGAGACCGAUUGAGCACAGUCCUCAGCGAUGGACCGUGAUACAGCAAGUCCUUGAAUUUGUUCGACAGCUGGCUGUGGAUAUGCAAUCCGAGUUCCCCAAGUCCAUGGAUGUCUACGAUUGGCGCCAUGAAUCAUGGCGUUACCCGCGGAUACGGAUUUUCAGAAAAGAUGCGCUGAGCACGCUCGUAGAACGUCUAAGCGAGAAGAUCUGUCAGGAAGGACUAGACGGAUUCCCCAUCUCACGCCAGCCGAAAAAGACGAGGCUUGCUGUCCAAAAGUACAUAUCAAUGCAUGAUAUCCCCCUUGACGAUGUUGAGUGUGUCGAGAAGGGUGCCUUCUGGACUGAUGCUGUCGUGAGCACUCUACUCCUGCUUCGAGGCUUGAUUGCGGGUGGUGUCAUCUCUCACGCUCUCUGUCAGAAACGGUGGCGGGUCAACUAUGGCGUCGAUGUGAAUCGAGUACCAAAAACACGGUUGGCUGUCCCCUUCAGAGCCAAAGACGAUCCUGCCCCCAGGUCCGAAUUCAGUCACCCCGAUGUUGUCAUAGUCUUGACGAGCUUGAGUUACUACUACUCCGGCUUGGAAGACCAGGAUCUCUUUGAUUCAUUUCACAUGCUCAGAGUCAAUGACCAGUCAACAUCAGAGUAUGCAAUCUGGGUUCAAUAUGCAUCACCGGAUUUGCCGCACGCAUUUCGUGAUCUGGCUGGCAUCAAUUUACAGGACCGCGCUCAGUGCGUUUCGGAGAUCUUUCCGCAUCUGAGAUACUCCAAAGGCGUUAUUGAUUAUUUCAUGUCGCGCAUCAUCUUUUCCAAGGAAAUGAAAGAAUUUCCUCACAAGCUUUCGGCAUCGGGUUGGGACUUGUGCAGGGUCAAGACACAUCCAGUCACCGGCUUCAGCGGCACUAAUGAUUCUCGGUGCAUUUUGCCAGCUUCGAUCAAGCAGCUUGAUUUGCCGCAGCAGAGACACACAAAUGCUCUAGUCCUGGAAUACUUGGUGCGGCCUGAGACCAAGGUAUUUCUGAUGCCUAAAGGCACAAGCUCCAACGGUCCAUCUUCAGACGGGGCACAGCUCCUGCAACAAUUCAUGCAGUUGCAACCCCAAGUCCGGGUCAUUCUUGAUGUUGGCGCCCAAAUCAUCGACCUUACAAAUGUUCAAGUCGCUCAACAAUGGUUAGAUAUGGUGGAAGAAGAUGGCGAACAAACUCAAGCCGUAAUCUUCUUCAAUGAUCAGGAUGUUUUAUCCGUUGUCGACAGGUCCGGAUGCAUUGAGCCUUUGCAAAUUUCUCCCUUUGCCAAGCAAACGGAAAAAUGUCUCGCGUUUCUCGAUGAGUCACACACUCGAGGUACAGAUUUGAAGUUGCCACAAGACUAUCGUGCUGCAGUCACGUUGGGUCAGAAUAUCACCAAGGACCGUCUUGUUCAAGCGUGCAUGCGGAUGCGAAUGCUAGGUCAGGGUCAAUCUGUAGUGUUUUGUGUGCCGGAUGAAAUCAGAAACAAAAUCAUGCAGGAGCACGCUCUCCCCGUGGACGGGAAUAUUGAUGUCACCCACAUUUUGACAUGGGCAAUCAGCGAAACCUUUUUGGAUACCAAGAAGGCGGCUCCGUUGUGGGCUACGCAGGCAACAAGGUUCUACAACCAAGACCGUGUCCGAAAAGAGCGAAUUGAGGCCAAAGGAAAUUAUUCCGAGCUUUGGGCUGGACGCUUCCUAGAAGACGAGGCGCACUCUCUAGAACGUCGGUACCGCCCAGGAGUUGCGAGCUCCAGUAUCGCAGACUUGUGUAAAGGCCUCAGUGAUGCCAUCUUUGGACAGAUCAACAAUCAUCUUGAACAAUUUGGGCCAUUGGACACUGAGAUGGCUUCUCUUCAGGAACAGCAAGAGCGUGAGCUAUCGCCAGAGGCAGAGGAAGAACGCCAAGUCGAGCGACCGACCCGUGCAGAGCCUUUAUCUCACCGAGUUCAUCCAAACGUACUCCAAUUUGUCAGACAUGGCUUUGUCGCCACAAACAAGAGCGGCUUCAACAAGGCCUUCAAGACACUUGGAGACACAAGUAUAGCUGCUCACGCCAACAUCAACGAGUUGCCACGUGAUCUUCUUGUCACAGAUGAUUUUGCUAGGACCAUAAAGGUAAGAUCCAGGUUUCCCUCGGAUCUCUUUCAACGGCCUGUACAAUGGAUCCUCGCGACGGGCCGGCAAAAUGAGUCUCCAGCACACUUGGUUGUAAUCAGCCAAUACGAAGCACAUGAGCUUCUCGAAGACAUCAAGAGGUCGAAAUUUGUUUCAUUGCACCUCUACAAUCCUCGUAUGGAUCUGAACAACCCGUCGUUGGAUCAUCUAAUGCUCUACACAGUUCCUCGACGUGAGAACAUAAACAGUGUAGCCCCGAGUCUGGUGCACCAACUCAAUCUCUUUGCUGGACAGCUGUACUUGCAAUCUUUCGAGGAGUAUACUCAAGUCUGCCAACUUCUCUGCCUUGCUUGUGAGACUGCCGACAGCGAUAUCCCUCUCGGAGCAGAUGGAUUUAUACCCCCAGGUCAGACGGCGGGUAUAUGCACGAACGAUGGCCACUACAUGCGCAGCCCUACCAAGUUUAUUCACGAACUCAUGGCCAGGAUUCGACGGAACAGUGAAGGAGUUGAGAAGACACACAUGGGGAAGCUACUUGCAGGGAAACUUCUGAAGAGGGAUGAUUUCACAGAUGACUCGAGUGAGUGA